GAAGGAGCCCACUAGAGCUCAUGAUCUUUCAUGGGUCGGACACAUAGUUGAUUUUUGUGAUGCACACCAUGUCCAAGUCAAGUGGGGUGACGGCAACAUGUCCAAGGUGUCUUUCCAUGAGAUAACUGUCGUCAAAGAGCAAAGUUUUGGUGAGUUCCUUCAGGAAAUAGGCGAGUGGGUGUCUGAAGAUGGAGGCAUGAGCAACGACGCUAUUGAUCACGAAGCACAAGUGACUGCCGCUGCCGUUGUAAGUAUCCCUCCGCACACAAAUUUCAAUUCCCCAAGAGAUCGGGUAAAUGGUUGGACGGUGCCGGGAGCGUCAACCUCGGAGCUUACGGCCAGAGGGAACAACAAUGUAUCCGCACCCGUGUCCGGUGGUGAUGGUGAUGCCAAGGAGACCUCCACUGCUGUGGCAGGCAUCAAUGGAGGAGGUGGUGGUGAGGGGAAGCAGGCAGAGGCAGAUGCCACCGGCGAUGACAAGUCAUUUAGCUUCCCACAAUUUGAUAUCGUGCAGAGCCCUUCAGAUCACCAUUACCUUGAUAACAUGGAGCAGGGCACUGGUGGGGGGAAGAAGUGGAUGAAGAGGGUGCAAAAGGAAUGGAAUAUUCUUGAGAAUAACUUGCCAGACACCAUCUUCAUGCGGGCGUACGAGGACCGCAUGGACCUCCUGCGAGCGGUGAUGGUCGGAGCUAGCGGGACGCCGUACCAUGACGGCCUCUUCUUUUUCGAUCUGCAGCUACCGCCGUCGUACCCUGCCGCGCCACCGCUGGUGUGCUACCGAUCGUUCGGCCUACGUGUGAACCCCAACCUCUACCCCUCCGGCACGGUGUGCCUGAGCCUGCUCAACACCUUCGGUGGCCACGGAGCCGAGCUGUGGUCCCCGGAGGCUUCGACCGUCCUCCAGGUCGUCGUCUCCAUCCAGGGCCUCGUGCUCAACGCCCAACCAUACUACAACGAGGCGGGCUACGCCGACCUGGUAGGAACGCCGCAGGGUCGCCGGAACGAGCUCCCGUACAGCGAGAACACCUACCUGCUCACCCUGCAGACCAUGCUCCACCUCCUGCGCCGGCCGCCGGCGGGCUUCGAGGAGUUCGUCAGGGACCACUUCCACCGGCGAGGGCAGCACGUGCUCCGAGCGUGCGAGGCAUACCUAGAUGGCUGCCUCGUGGGCACGCUCGAUGGCGAGGGGAGCGGGGCGCGGCGCCCGUGCUCGGCGGGGUUCAGGCUCGCCCUCGCCAACGUGGUGCCCCGGCUUGUUGAGGCGUUCACCGCGAUCGACGCUGAUGGAUGCAAGGAGUUCGAUCGGAUACGGGUGCCAACAGUAUGCACUUAAUUUGUCUCUGCUACUCGCUAGUCCAUUUGUAUCCUACUUACAUUUUAAGUUACAAAACGCGUGUUCACACAUUUGAACUUUGACAUCAAUAUUAUAUUUUUGUAUACUGUUGGGAAUGGUACAACA